GUUGUCUAGGUGGUAGUGAAUGUAAAUAGUGGAGAUAGCCCCACAAGUGUGUCAGAACUACCACAAGGACUGUGAGGAUGCUGUUAACAAGCACAUCAACCUGGAGCUGUAUUCCUCCUAUGUCUAUCUCUCUAUGUCCUUUUACUUUGACCAGGAUAAUGUUGCCCUGCGUCACUUUGCUGAGUUCUUCAAGGAGGAGUCCCAUGAGGAACAGGAACACGCUGAGAAACUGAUGGCAUUCCAGAAUAAACGUGGAGGCCGAGUCCUCCUGCAGGACAUCAAGAAGCCAGAGCAGGAUGAGUGGGGCAAUGGUCUGGAGGCAAUGCAGAGAGCUCUGCAGAUGGAGAAGGAUGUGAACCAGAGUCUGCUGGAUCUGCACAAACUCUCCUCUGGCAACACGGACCCUCAUCUGUGUGACUUCCUGGAGAGGCACUACUUGGAUGAGCAAGUGAAGAUGAUCAAGAAGCUGGGAGAUCACAUCACCAACCUGAGGAGACUCUUAGCCCCUGAGAAUGGCAUGGGCGAGUACCUGUUUGACAGGCUCACCCUGGGGGAGAGUGACUGAACUGACUGCAGGGAGCAAGCUGCUUGUGUAUAUUACUGCUAAAUGUGUAACCGAGGUGUGCAGAGUGUGGCUUGUGAUGUGCAUAGUGUGACACCUGGCUCUAUAGCAAAAUGUGCAACAAUAAAUCUGCUCCAUACUGGA